GAUAUAUUUGACUUGAUACGCAAAGUUCAUUUCCCUCCAAUAUUACCCGCCAAAAACGAGGAAACAAUAUCUAUAAUUUGAUACCUCUUUCUCAAAACCCCCAAAUAAUAAUAGCAACAUCCUAAAUCAUAAAUCACAAAUCACAAAUUUCUCAAAUUAAGCAACCAACAAUGGCCGACGCCGGCGGUGGCGCCGCUCCAACGGGAUGCUUCAAGUGCGGUCGACCUGGUCAUUGGUCUCGCGACUGUCCUACUUCAAACACUAACCCUAACCCUAACCCUAAUUUCAAUUCCAGUUCUAACAAUUUGUCAACAAAGAUCGGAAAUGGUGGUAGCAACACCAAUAGUAGCUACCAAUUGAAACCCAAUGUUUCGGGUCCGAAGCCGAAAAAGGCUCCAAAAACUCGGCCUAAGCUUACCUCUGAGUUGUUGCUUUCCGAUGAAGGUCUUGGUUACAUUCUCCGGUACUUUCCUCGUAAUUUCAAGUACAGAGGACGUGGCUCUGAGGUCAAUGAUCUGAGAAAUCUACUUCUUAUGUAUGCUGGAUGGCAUGAACAAUUUCUUCCAUACUAUCCAUUUGAUCAGUUCAUACACAAGGUAGAGGAAGCAGGAUCUACAAGACGCGUGAAGACUUGCGUUGCUGAGUUGAAAGAUAGAGUUGCUAAUGGAGGGGAUCCCACAAAGCUGAAAGAGUCAGUUAUUGAGGAUGAGAUCCCGCAUGAUAAAGAAGAUGUCAUACAUGUGGAGGAGCCUACACAUAACCAGGAGGAUCUGCUUUUCAAUGUGAAUGAUGCUGAUGACAUGCAUGGAGAUAUGCUCAAUGAAAUAUAUGAACAGACUGUUGGAGAAACAUCCAUCUCUAGGCAAUCUCACAUCAUAGGUGCCGAUGCGCCACCAAAUGACACAUCAAUGAAACAUUCAGAUCAACCAUUAGGUGUUGGUGAAAGCUCCAAUUCUGUUCAUAUUACAGAAGAACAGAGAUCACUAAUCGAAGCCAAGAGACUGAAGGCACUUGAAAGAGCUGCAGCCCCAAGUGUCAAGACAGUGAAACAUUCAGAUCAAUCACUAGGUGUUGAAAGUGGAAGCUCCAAUCCUACUCAGAUUACAGAAGAACAGAAAUCACUUAUGGAAGCCAAGAGACUGAGGGCACUUGAGAGAGCUGCAGCUCGCAGUCGACUGCUGCCAGCUUCUUGAUCUUGUUUUGGGCUACCUUCACAGCUCCUCGUUUUUUCCCCCCUAAGUGAACAUCUCUGAGGACAUGCGCUUGUGUUCGUCAUGGUUUUUUUUAUCAUCAGCUGCAAAAAGCUAGGAAUUAUUGCUCCGGGAUACGAGCAUAUAAGCUGUGUGUACUCUGAUAUGUUUUUGUAAAUUUCCUAUCUUGCUUCAGUGCUGAUAAAAUAUGAAGUUUAAUAUACAGGUUUGUAAUGUAUGAAGGAUCACUUCAGUUAGCAGGGUGUCUGAUACUCUGAUUGAUAUUAAGAAAAGAAGUUGAAUGUUACUAUAACAACUAUUUGGCUUUUUUAAUAUGAAACUCGAGAAAUUUUCGAUUGAA